UUAGGAAAUUAUCUCAGGAUAUUUGGCUUAGAAUAUGGUCUCAGGAUAUUUGGCUUAGGAAAUUGUCUCAGGAUAUUUGGCUUAAUUGUCAGGAUAUUUGGCUUAGGAAAUUGUCUCAGGAUAUUUGGCUUAGGAAAUUGUCUCAGGAUAUUUGGCUUAGGAUAUGGUCUCAGGAUAUUUGGCUCAGGAAAUUGUCUCAGGAUAUUUGUCUUAGGAAAUUGUCUCAGGAUAUUUGGCUUAGGAAAUUGUCUCAGGAUAUUUGGCUUAGGA